AUGGAUCGAGUCUGCGGUACAUGCGCGAAGGAGAUCAAAGACAUUGAGCCUGCUCAGUGUUCUUACUGCGAAAAUUUUUACCACAUCAAGGCGGAAUGCUCGGACGUUACCCGGAGUUACAUGCAGGUCUUCUUCAGUACCCGCAAGGCGCUCUGGCUGUGUCCAAACUGUCGCGACGUCUUCAGCAAUCGGACGGUGAAAAGUCUGCUGCAGGAAGUUGCUGCAGAUCGAACAGGAGCGGCAGGGGAUUCUGGCGAGCUCACCAGACUUCAAAACCAAGUCGAGGUCCUGAUGAAAUCGGUGACCGAUCUUCAGCAGCAGGUUUCCAACAACCUCACAGCGGUCAUGGAAAAAAUCGAGAAGUGUACCUCCCCCUCCGAGUGUUGCAAAUCAACUUCGUACGCAGCAGUAGCUUCCGGACAAAGUGAGGUUUCCGAGCGUGAGAAGGACAGCGUCGUCGUGCAGAAGCCUCGUGUCAAACGGCCCACGAUCUCCGGAACCGGGGAAGUGAACCUUCAGGACCUCUCAGUAACCAGCAUAACGGUAGAACCAAGGCCCCAACGGUUCUGGUUGUACCUUACCGGACUGAAUCCAAAAAUCAACACCAACGACGUCAAGUUGAUCGUGGAACGUUGCCUUGGAACAAGCUUGGAUCUUGAUCCUAAGCUCCUGGUCCCGAAGGAUACCGACUGCUCGCGUUACAGAUUCGUUUCGUAUCGAAUCGGCUUGGAUCCCAAACUCCGAGAUAAGGCCCUUGAUGGAAACAAUUGGCCAAGAAACCUCGGUGUCAGAGAAUUCGAGUUUUUCGACACGGAUUCAAAAAACCGAUCAACGCCUCGACCAUGGGGCGCACAAGCAUUUUGGGAACCUCCAAUCCUACCGACCUCGGCCCACCCGCUGUUGAAGUUCAUCCCCGUCGCCCGGGCUCACAGGUCCGUAGUGAUGUGGGGGUCUCCCAGCCUGCUACCACAGUCUCGACAACACUCGCAUUACUUCCUCGGAAAUCCCGCUUACCAGCUCAGGCGCUGCUGUGCCUUCACCCAGUUUGUCACCGGUUCAGUCAACUCGUCUGCCGUGUGA